GUAUAGCAAUGAAAAUUUGCAUUCCUUUGCAUCAAAACAAAAAGGCUGCGGUUUUAUUUCACGUAAUUUCGACGGGUUUUCUUAAAUUUAUUAUCGCGAAUUCGCGUGUGUGAUGUUGGAUUGUGCUUAACGAAAAUCUCAAACCAUGUCGGAAGUAAGGGCAAGGAAGGAGCUGGCUGAGUUGGUGAGAAAAUCGGGCUGUACAUUUUCGGUGGACAAUAUUCUAACGAUCUUCCGGAACAAAGAUGCCAAAUACACGAACAAGCGGCUUGGAGCGCUUCUGACUCAGCUCUUCAAGACCACUCCCAAUGGGGCCAAAUAUGUGGACGAAUUCGUGACGUCCAACCCGAAAGAUUCCUACGCGGCAUUGAUUGUGCUGCUGAAUGCCUACGUUCAGGACUGUAAAAACGCUGCGCAGGCGGAAAAGGCUAGCACAUUGGUUUCUUCAUCAGCGGAACCUGUCUCUAAACGGGUGACAAUGUUUGAAAGUCCGCCUUUAUCUUCGACCCGGAUUGUCACGGAACAAGUUACACCGGAAACGGUUAAAGAAAUUAAGGAAAAGAUAGCUCAGGCUACUCUGGGGUCCAGUUUCAAUAGAUCCACAGGAUCCAUUCCGGCGGCACUGGUUCCCCAAUCUUUUGAGUAUAUCGCCAAAAAGGGAUCGAUUGUUUCCUGGAAUUUCAACUACGAGGAACUGUACCCGAUGCAGAACAAAAACGUGGCGGCCAUUCCUCUCAGCUCUCAGGAACCGAUCGUCCUGAAGGAACUUUUGAACUGUCUGGUAGGAGUCAAAGGCUCUCUAAUUACCCCGAAGAAACCGCUUAAUCCCAUCACCCCGCUAGAGUUUGAAGUUUCCGAUCAGAUUGAGGAAUCUUUGAAAGAUAUCGUACGUGAGGUGCUCCCGGUGGCUUCCCACUACUCUCAGGUGCAGGACUUCAUUGCGGCUUCCAGCUCCCUCGAGAGUGGCCAAGUGUUGCAAGCUCUUCGGGCGGCUUUGCACGCGGUCAUAAAUGAUUACUAUUUGUCGAUUACCCAACUGGAGAAUCUUUUCCUAAAGCAGCAGCUUACCUUCCACAAACUGCUUUACUUUUUGAGACCGGUUUUCCACACCAUGGAAGUGUUGGCCGAGACGGUGACGGCCAUUCGGCAAACAAGCUCCCGAGGAGGAAAUGUCCUUACGCUACUGCACGAUAAGAUCACUUCAACAACUGGAGAUGAAAAGAUUCAAAAGGUUCUUAUCCAUCUGAUCGAGCGAGCAGCCGUUCCGUACAUGGAAAUGUUGCAAUCGUGGAUUCUGGACGGUGUCAUCAACGAUCCUCGUCGGGAGUUUCUCAUCGAACACAAUGCCAUGGACCUAAACGAGAACGAGCUGAUGGACUACUGGGAGAAACAGUACACAAUCCGCCUGGAAAAGGUGCCCUGUUUCCUGAACAAGUUUGCCGAUAUCAUCCUUCGGACCGGAAAGUAUUUGAACGUUAUCCGUGAAUGUGGCAGCUCGGCGGACUAUCAGCAGAAAACGGCGGUCACCCUGAAGUAUACACAUUCGGAUCAGACCUACAUCAAUGCUAUUGAGGACGCGUAUAACUUUGCAUCUUCCUCGCUGCUGAAUUUGAUCAUGAACAAGUACAAUUUGAUGGGAAGAUUGUACUCGGUUAAGCGCUACUUUUUGCUGCAGCAAGGGGACUUCAUAUCGCAGUUCAUGGACGCGUGUGAGGAGGAUCUGAACAAAGAUGUGGAUAAUUUGCGUCCCAUGCGAUUGGAAAAUUUGCUGGAAGUUACACUUAACAUAUCUUCAGCUCGAUACGAUGAGUACCAUGACGAUCUGAAGACUAUGCUGCUUCCUUACGGAAUCGUAACGCAAAUCAGUAAAAUCGUCAAAAAGGAGGACGUUUUCCUGGACAACCUGGGCGGGGACACUUCUCAGCUGAAGGGCAUUGAAUGUUUCACCUUCAGCUACAACGCCCAGUGGCCGGUUUCGAUCAUACUGAAUCGAUGGACCAUAUCCAAGUAUCAGAUGAUAUUCCGACAGCUGUUCUAUCUGAAAUAUGUUGAACGGAUAUUGUGCCGAGUUUGGAUCGCUAAUAAUCGCACAAAGCAGUUUGCACCGCAAACAGCUCGGCUUUACAGAUCUGCUUUCACCCUUCGGCAGAAAAUGUUGAUCGCCAUUCAAAAUUUUGAGUCGUAUAUGAUGAUCGAGGUCAUUGAGCCAAACUGGCACAUUUUCUUCCAGAACAUUAAGCAGAUCAAAAACAUCGAUGACGUUCUCAAGUAUCAUCAGGACUUUCUGGAUCAGUGCAUGAAAAAUUGCAUGCUCACCGAACCGGACCUGCUGAAGGCGAUCAUCAAUCUUUGCAACAUUUGUAUCCAGUUUUGUGCAUUUUUGGCGGAGGCACAGCGACACUUCGUGGACGCCGAGAUGUGCUCGAUGUUGGUGGCCUCGACCGAUGAGUUUUCGCUGUCGUCCGAGUCGGACUACGACUUUGCAUGCCAGCAGGUAGUGUGUGUUGUUGGGACUUAUUUUUAAAACGUUUUUAGUUUU